ACUUUGAGGAGGAGACAUGGCGUGCGUCAGUGAGAAUGUGGGAACGGUGCAGGGCCGGAUAAAGGUGGAGGUCCACGGCUUGAGUCUGGAGUCAGAUUUCAGUGUUUUUGAGGGGGCAGAUUGAGCGGAGGGUGAACUGAGGCUGUCUUUGUUCGGGAACAGCUCCUGACGGUGCGGUGCGGAGCGCGUAGGCUCACUGCGCCAGCGGGGGAGACAUACAGCACCUCACGCUUCUGAUUCAACGCCGCAAGCUCCUUGAGUGAGCGCGGAGACAUGACUCGCGGAACUAUGCCUUUCCUAAGAGUGCCGCCGUGGUGCUGUUUGUACCUCACUGCUUUGUGGUUUUUCCAUCCAGCGAGCGCGCUCCAGCUGCAGGACGAGCGAGGAUCUAGUAGCCAACUGGAUCUGACGGAGCUCAUUGGAGUUCCUCUCCCUCCAUCCGUCUCUUUCAUUACUGGAUUUGAGGGUUUUCCUGCAUACAGCUUUGGCCCAGAUGCCAACGUAGGCCGUCUCACACGCUCCUUCAUUCCUGACCCCUUCUUCCGCAACUUUGCUAUCAUUGUCACUGCUAAACCCACCACUCGGGAUGGAGGAGUUCUAUUUGCCAUCACAGAUGCUCCACAGAAGAUAGUGCACUUGGGAGUAGCACUAGCUCCAGUAGAGGAUGGGUCACAGCAUGUGGUUUUGUAUUACACAGAACCGGGAGCCACACGCACUCAGGAGGCUGCUUCCUUUAAGAUGGUGGACCUGACAGGCCGCUGGGCCAGAUUCACACUGACUGUGCAGGGAGAUGAGGUGAAGCUCUAUAUGGAUUGCGAGGAGCACCACAGGGUUGCUUUCCGCAGAAGUCAGAAGAGUCUUACGUUUGAGCCCAGCUCAGGCAUCUUUGUGGGGAAUGCAGGAGGAGCCCGGCUGAAGAGGUUUGUGGGAUCUAUCCAGCAGUUGGUUUUGACUCCGGAUCCAAGGGCACCGGAUGAGCAGUGCGAGGAGGAUGACCCCUAUGCAUCUGGGUAUGGCAGUGGUGAUGAUGAAUAUUAUGACACAGAGACCACAGACGAAGUAAAGAAAGUACAUGAGGAGAGACACUACCCUGUACCUGAUGAAGAUCAGACACUUCCGGUUAGAGCGCCCCCUACUGAAGCAUCUUCUGAGGCUCCAUUUGAUGAUGAGGACUUGGAGACUGAGUCCUCAGGUCAGGACCUGGUGCUUACUGAGAGAGAGCCGAGCAGGCCAGAGAAAGCUGUAUAUCAUAAAGGAGAUGAUUAUCCACUUAUGAUGCCAGUGCAUAAAGGGGAGAAAGGUGAACCUGGGCUUCCUGGCCCACCUGGCCCACAAGGACCCCCAGGCACUGCAAGCUCAUAUGGCCCUAAGGGAGACAGCUCAUCUUGGGUAGGACAGCCGGGUGCUCAGGGCCCUCCAGGACUACCAGGACCUACAGGUGCACCAGGGAAGGACGGCCUUCCUGGUAGUCGUGGAGAAAACGGAGAAAGAGGAUUCCCAGGUAUACCAGGUGAUCCAGGAAUAAAGGGAGAAAAGGGUGAUACUGGAGUUGGUCUGCCUGGACCCCCUGGGCCUCCGGGACCAGCAGGAAGAUCAGGGACACCCCGAUAUGUGGAUGCCAUUGAUGGUUCUGGAUUUGAGGACUUUGACAGUGACACAGAGGUUAUUAUUAAGGGUCUACCUGGGCCUCCAGGACCUCCAGGGAAGCCUGGUCCACCUGGCCCCCCUGUAGGUCUCUCUCCUGGUCCAAUGGGACCUGCAGGGGCUCCAGGGAAAGAUGGGAAGGAUGGGGUGAUGGGUAUUCCUGGAAUUCCAAUAAUUGAGGACUGGUUUAGUGGGUCUGGAUUUGAUGCGGGGUCUGGAUUUCAUUCUGGUUCUGGAUUUCAUUCUGGUUCUGGAUUUGAUGUUGAGUCUGGGAUUGAUACUGAGUCUGUAUUUAAGCUUGGCUCAGACCUGGACUUAGUUGAGGGUGUUAACGGCAAAGAUGGUGAACCAGGAAAAGCAGGCCAAAAAGGAGAGAGGGGUGAAGCUGGUUUGCCUGGGAACACAGGGCAAAAGGGUGACUCAGGGCAACCAGGCCUCCCAGGACAACCAGGAGCAGCAGGAACAGAAGGCCCAAUGGGAAAACCUGGCCUACGAGGACCCCCAGGACCUCCAGGUCCACCUGCACGCUUUAGUUUUGAUGUACUGGAUUCUGAGGGCUCAGGAGUGGGCGAAGGCAGUGGCUUUGGGUCGAUUCUCCCUAGAGGGCCUCCUGGUUUUCCUGGUGUUCCUGGGCCCCCAGGACCACAGGGAAAAGAUGGUUUGAACGGUCUUCCAGGCACUUCACAGAAGGGGGCGCCUGGACCUGCAGGACCUGAAGGGAAACCUGGACUACCUGGACUUCCUGGAAGAAAUGGAGAAAAAGGAGAGAAAGGGGAAAUAGGGCAGAAGGGAGAAAGAGGUUUAGAUGGAGUCAGCCUUCCUGGUCCACCAGGGCCGCCCGGACCUCCCGGACCUCUCAUCAACCUUCAGGAUUUACUGGUGAAUGAUACUGAGGGACUUUACAACUUCACAGGGCUAUUUGAACCACAAGGUCCUUUGGGGCCAAGAGGGCCAAAGGGUGACCGCGGCAUCCCAGGAGUUCAGGGCCCCCCAGGGUUAAAGGGUGAGAAAGGAGAACCAGGGAUCACUAUUGGUGCAGAUGGAUCACCGUUGUCUGCAGUGCAUGGGCCUCAGGGACCAAAAGGACUCAAGGGUGACAGUGGUGUUCCUGGACUGCCUGGUGUAAUGGGCCCGGUCGGACCAAGGGGACCCAAAGGGGAAUUUGGAUUUCCUGGCCGCCCAGGUCGGCCUGGGUUGAACGGACGUAACGGAGAAAAGGGAGACUCAAAUGGAUUACCGGGCCCACCUGGUCCCCCUGGCCCACCUGGACGUCCCGGAAUGUUCAACUGUCCCAAAGGAACAGUGUUCCCGAUUCCUCCACGGCCCCACUGUAAAACAGCCACCAACAGCAAUUCUACUGCAGAGGGAGCCAGCUGUUCAACAUCUGGAGCUAAAGGGGAGAAGGGUGAAAGGGGUCUUCCUGGUCCUCCAGGUCCUACAAUUACCAUGCUGCGUGCAGGCACCAUGGGAGAAAAAGGUGACUAUGGCUUUCGGGGAGAGAAGGGAGAGAAAGGCGAGGCAGGGAUGCCAGGGGCAACAGGGAUGCCUGGAACAUCUGGGUUGGUGGGACCUAAAGGAGAAUCAAUCAUUGGACCUUCUGGUCGUCCAGGACUUCAGGGGCCUCCUGGUUCUCCUGGUAUUGGGAGACCUGGUGCUACCGGACCCCGAGGCCCUCCCGGACCUCCCGGACCUCCCGGCUAUAGCUCUGGUGCUGUUAUCACUGGUCCACCUGGACCACAAGGUCCUCCUGGUCCACCAGGACCAGCUGCUGGUGGCUUUGGCUCAGUUAAGAAAUACCCAAAUCUUUAUGCCUUGAAGCAUGAGUCGCACUUGGUUGAAGAGGGAACACUGUCCAUGGUUAGGGAUACGAGUAAACUGUACUUCAAGGUCCAAGGGGGUUGGAGAGAGAUUCAGCUUGGUGGGUUAAUUGAGGUGAAUUCCCCUACUGUUCUCUCACAAGAUGAUGCUCACCCUUUAAUAUUGACUCCUCGACUCAGCAAUACACCUAAAAUUCACACGGGAAGUGCGCUCAGGCUGGUUGCCCUGAACACUCCACUGACUGGGGACCUGGGCUCCAUUCACUCAGUGAAUAAGCAGUGCAGACUGCAGGCUCAGGCCAUGGGAAUCCGAGACGAGUACAGGGCUUUCCUUUCUCACCACCUACAGGACCUGAUUGACAUUGUAGAGCCACCCUACCGUACCAGCCUGCCCAUCGUUAACCUCAGGGGUGAAGUUCUGUUUAAAAACUGGGAAAGCAUCUUCUCCAAUCACAUUCUCCCUGCCGGGAUCCCCCUCUACUCUUUUGAUGGACGAGAUGUGAUGAGUGAUCCUUUCUGGCCACAAAAGGCCAUAUGGCAUGGAUCAUCAGAGAGGGGAAGGCGUCUGGAAGAUAAGAACUGCGAGUCUUGGAGAGCUGGAGACAUGGCCAUCACGGGUCAGGCUUCCUUCCUCUACAGUGGCCUCCUGAAUCAGCAGACCCGUAGCUGCUCCAACCAGUUUGUUAUUUUGUGCAUCGAGACCAACACCAACCACAACACCGUCGAAGAACUCCAACGGGCACAGUUUCGCGCCAGACGCUGGCAUUACAGAAAUUAACGUCGACACCAGAAAACCUCUGCCAUCAACACGUCAACAUGCCAGAAGGUGUAAAUAUCUGUACGUUGAUGAGAAACUAAGGAUCCACCAGUGAGAGCCAUUCUCAGGUUUUGGAGCACAUGGACAUUUUGUAGCAAAGCCAUUUCUCUCACAAUGUAAAGCUGCAUGAUAACGAUGUUUAAGCAGAGGGACGCACCGGGUCUUCAAUCCCUACAAGUCAUUUUGAUGCACUGUAUUUUCAAUUUUCAAUUUUUGGAAAUUCAUAGAUGUCUUUUUUUUCACAUCAUCUUUUCAUUUCAAGUAGCAAAAGAUGUGUCAGUAUUUAAUUUAAUUUCAGUGUUUUAUUUAUACCUGACCGCACAUAAUCUAAAUGUCCAAAAAUUGAGGAUAAAUAUGUAAUUUAUACAGUAGUUUCAGCUGUUCAGAUAAAAAUCUGCUCCUAUUUCUUGCCUCUUUUAUAAAAGAAGAAUUUCUACAGCAUGUCUGUUGAUGAAAUUAUAUUCCUUUUUUUUUUUUUUUUUUUGUAGUUUCUGGAAAUGUGACUGCAAAUAUAUAUUUUUUUCCAGAGAGAGAUCAAGUCCUCAUUUUCUUUUGUUUCAGUUUUUAGGCCAACAGUUUGAGCAGUGGUUAGUGGUAAGGAAGUAAGGAGUAUUCUUUCUUUUCACUGGUGCUUAUUAAAUAAAAUCUCUUUUCCAAAUA